AUGAUUCAUCUUCAGCAGUCUGUGAUCGGCAGGUUCAAAACUGUGUGUUUGUCCCAGUGGCAGACGUGUGAGCUCCACCCAGACAUCAGCAGGAAUGUGGACUACAGACAUCAGGGACAACAUGAGGACUACAGACAUCAGGGACAACAUGAGGACUACAGACAUCAGGGACAACAUGAGGACUACAGACAUCAGGGACAACAUGAGGACUACAGACAUCAGGGACAACAUGGAGGACUACAGACAUCAGGGACAACAUGGAGCACUACAGACAUCAGGGACAACACAGACAUCAGGGACAACAUGGAGGACUACAGACAUCAGGGACAACACAGACAUCAGGGACAACAUGAGGACUACAGACAUCAGGGACAACAUGAGGACUACAGACAUCAGGGACAACAUGGAGGACUACAGACAUCAGGGACAACAUGGAGCACUACAGACAUCAGGGACAACAUGAGGACUACAGACAUCAGGGACAACAUGAGGACUACAGACAUCAGGGACAACAUGAGGACUACAGACAUCAGGGACAACAUGGAGGACUACAGACAUCAGGGACAACAUGAGGACUACAGACAUCAGGGACAACAUGAGGACUACAGACAUCAGGGACAACAUGAGGACUACAGACAUCAGGGACAACAUGGAGCACUACAGACAUCAGGGACAACAUGGAACACUACAGACAUCAGGGACAACAUGGAGGACUACAGACAUCAGGGACAACAUGGAGGACUACAGACAUCAGGGACAACAUGA